UACGGCUUGAAAAGUUAUCUUCCCUUUCUGACCGAAAGCAAUGGAAAAAUCAGGCCUUUAUCUCAUCGCAAUGGGAAUUGCGCUAUUUUAUCCGCAACAAGUAUAUUCUGCCAGCGAAACAGCGAAGAACACUUUCAGAUUUUUGUUGAACUUUUACCAGAAACCAGUCGUCACAAUCAUUAAAAACUCCACAGCACAUGAAGACGUCCAACAACAAUCCUUAGAUGAAGCCGAUCUGAAACGUGACGAGAUCCCAGAGUCGACGAUAGCUCCCACUUUCAGUACAGCCACUAUUAACUUUCCGGUCAACAGAUACAUGGCCAAUGUCAUGUUCCAGUUGUUCGGCAAGGAUGGGGUUCUGGAAAAAGGUGGGUUCGAAAGAAAUGGUUAUAUCCAUAAGGAUGCAUCAGCCUCCAUCGUGCUCCUCGGUGGCUUCGGAAAAAGAUCGGAACUUUUACACGAAGUAUUGAGGGCGCAUGACACACCAAUAGACGCCGGAGCAAUUGCUUUGGUUGUACAGCUCUUUUUCAGUCCGGACGACUUUAAUCGGUUAACGAACUGGCUCCGGGAUGAGAUUCGGGCUGGCUACGAGAAUUACGACGAUCCGUGCUCUCCGAUAGUUUGUAUCAAGUUCGUGUGCUGUACGAAGAUUGCUAAUCCUUUCUUGGGUCCAAAAUUCGGAACGAUCCGAGUUAGUAUUGAUUAAGAGGAAAGCGUAAUAAGAGGUAGUUUGUGCAACAGGGUUAAGAAAUGGAGAUAUAGACUAGAUGGCAAGUCGGAAAUAGCAUCUUGCAAAUCACUAUAGUGCCUUUUAAACGAACUCAUGAAAAGGACGAAUGACCACUUUACUUCCCUUAAAGCUGCUAUCACUCUCAGGGAAUCAACAUCAGAAAACUUUUCAUUAAUAUGUACAACUAGUUUCACCUGUGUUCAGGGUGACAAUCUCAUUGAUUCAACACCAUUCACAACUGAAAUCUUUAGGUGGUAACCCUUUAUUUUUGGGGGUUAAUUAAAUAUUAACAAAAAAUUUUAAUUUCAAAACCAGCACUGUUACCUCUAGACAGGAGAGCGAUUAAAAUAGGAAUAAUAAAGUUAACAGGAAAUUCAACCAUUAA